AUGCAAUUGCUUUUGAGGAUAAGGCUGCUUCUACUCAUAAUGAUACAAAUGUUAGUAUACCUCAACGAAUCAACCGGCAAAUUAUCUUGUGGAGUGAAAGAUAAGAUAGACAGCAACAAUGAAAUUCCAACACUUAUACUAUCCGUAAAAGAAUCUAAAGAGAAAAAACAAGGAGGAGGAAGAAGUGUCGCGGCCGUAGUUGGUGGUGCUGGUGCUGCUUUAAUCAUCAUUGUCAUUGUGGUGAUUAUCUAUAUCUGCUUGAGAAGAUAUAGAAGAUUCAAAAGACAAACAUCUGAUUCAGCUUCUUCCGUGCCAUCUCAAGCCUUUGAGAUGGGAAGAAUCAACAGCUCGCAGUAUGUUAAUGCUUUCUCUCCACAUUACAUGCAGAACACAAGAUUGUUAACGAUUUCGGAGCUGGAACAAGCAACAGGAAAUUUCAGUCAAAGUAACAUUAUAGGUGAAGGAAGAUUUGGUUUUGUAUACAAAGGUUUGCUUCAAGAUGGAUCUUUUGUGGCUAUAAAAAGACGCAUGUUUGCCUUGACUCGAGAUUUCAUCCCAGAGGUCAAGCAUAUAGCUCAAAUCCAUCACAUUCAUAUUGUCAAGCUUAUAGGCUAUUACGAAGAUAGCUAUCAACAAAUACUCGUGUACGAAUAUCUCCCUAAUGGCAAUGUAGGGAAUCAUCUAUAUGACAAUGAAGGUUUACCUAUCGGAAAGUUAGACUUGCAGCGCAGGGUAUCCAUCGCCUUAGGUGCAUCCAAAGGACUGGAUCAUCUUCAUGGUUUGGUCCCUCCUAUGUUUCACACAAACUUUAGUACAAUAAAUGUUCUGUUAGAUGAAAACUUUACGGCCAAGGUAUCUGAUUACGGAUUCUACAAAUUGCAAACAAAAGUUGAUCAGGCAGGUUCAUCUUCAAAUGUUGACUACUUUCAUGAUCCAGAGUUGAGGUUAUCAGAAACCUAUUCGGAGCAAAGUGAUGUAUACAGUUUCGGAGUAUUUUUAUUAGAGUUGAUUAGUGGCUUUGAAGUCCACAACAGAAACAUGUCGCAACCAAAUGAAAAUAUAAUAUUUCAGGCAAAAUAUAGCAGUGUUAUGGACAAGUUUAUUGACAUAACGUUGCGCGAGGAAGAAAGAGCUGCUGCUAGACGAAUGAUGAAGUUGGCUUUACUAUGUGUGGAUGUAUUUUUUAGAAGACCAUCAAUGGCACAUAUUGUGCAAGAAUUGGAACGGAUACAAAGAGAUAUUGCGCCUUUGUAUUCUGAAAUCAAUGAGGAGAUUGGUGUGGUGACUCUUGGGAGUGAGCUCUUCAAAUAA